GGAGAACUGAAAAUUACGAGCUCACGCGUGAACCCAAAUGCAGCAGAGGUUUACGCUGGUUGACCUUUGGCACUUUUAUCACGUCUGAUUUAAAUCACCAAAAUGUUUCCAGUUUGGAGAAACCUAACUCUAUCUCGGGCUGCAGCGGUUCCCUUUUCUUUACCGCCGCGGCGAGCUUUGGAUCAGCGCAGCUGCCGAACCGGAACGCGCUCCGUUCCGAACAGAAAGAGCUCCGGGAGUCGCUACAAUGUUCCACCGAGCGCCGAGUUUGUUGCGCGGGUGUCUGGGAUCCCCACCAUGGCCAAGCUGCCGUACCGGGAGACGGCCGACGGGCUGGACGCGGCGUUCGUUGGCGUCCCGAUCGACACCGGGACCUCGAACCGGCCUGGAGCAAGGUUUGGUCCACGGCAGAUCAGAGGGGAGUCUGCCCUGCUGAGGGCUUACAACAGCGGCACCAGAGCAGCACCUUACGAGUCCCUGAUGGUCGCCGACAUUGGGGAUGUAAACGUUAACAUGUAUGAUUUGAAAGACACCUGCAAGCGCAUCAGGGAGGCCUACAGAAAGAUCCUGGCCACUGGAUGUAUCCCUCUGACUAUGGGUGGCGAUCACACAAUUGCAUACCCAAUCCUGCAAGCUGUUGCUGAGAAGCACGGCCCCGUGGGUCUCGUCCAUGUGGAUGCUCAUGCUGACACCAGUGACGUGGUGCUGGGGGAGAAGAUCGGCCACGGGACCCCGUUCCGACGCUGUGUGGAGGAGGGGCUCCUGGACUGUCGCAGGGUGGUUCAGAUCGGCCUGCGGGGGACCGGGUACUCACCGGACUCGUACGAGUGGAGUCGGGCCCAGGGUUUUCGUGUGGUCCAGGUGGAAGAGUGUUGGUUCAAGUCUCUCACACCCCUGAUGUCCGAGGUCAGGGCCCAGAUGGCCAGUGGCCCGGUCUAUCUCAGUUUUGAUAUUGAUGCUCUUGAUCCAGGUUUUGCACCCGGGACAGGAACACCGGAGAUAGCGGGACUCACUCCCAUACAGGGUGUUGAGAUCAUCCGAGGCUGUCGGGGUCUUAACCUUGUCGGAUGUGAUCUAGUGGAGGUGUCUCCACCCUAUGACACGACAGGAAACACUGCCUUGACUGGGGCCAACCUCCUCUUUGAGAUGCUAUGUGUUCUGCCAAAAAUUAAAUACUACUGACCUGGAUGUAAAGUUUGAAGCCACUCUUCAGGUGCAUAGUUCAAGUUCUGAAGUUAAAUAUGAUUUGUUUUCUUUUUUCCCAUGCACACCCUUAUAAUUGCUCGACGUGUAAAAUGAGUUAUCCUCUUUUUAUCGCAGGUGCAUCUAUAGGCUGGAUUAGUCAGUUCAUGAGAGAGAUAUUUGGCCGAAUCCUCUGGGCGUGCAAGCUCUCGUUCACCUGGCCACUUUGUUAAGUCUCCGCCGUAAUCAAUGCAUUAGCAAGAGAAAAGGGGCUAACUUCAGUAUUUAUAACUUUCUUUCCUCAGAAGACAUUAUGCAUGUAGACAAAAAAAAAAAAAAAA